AGUUCCCACGCGUCAGGACUUCCUCAAGAUUCCCAGGACAAGACAGACCUUUUGGCGGCAGGGAUGUUGCAGGCUACUUUCUGAGCGUACCAUAGGGCCUUGGUGGUGCGCUGACUGCGUAGCAGGGACAUUUGUGAGGUGACAUGCGACGGCGACGUCGACGUCGGAAUCCUCCCGUGAUUGCUAUUGGCGCCGUGAUAGCAUUCACCCCUGGGUAACCUAAACAGAACUCCCUUUCAAGAGAUCCACAACGAUGCCCCCCCGAUCACGCGCCAAAACCUUUCAGCUGGGCGACUGCCUCGGCAAAGGCGCCUUCGGGUCCGUCUACGCCGGCCUGAAUAUGGUCUCGGGGGAAGUGGUCGCUAUCAAGCAGAUCAAGACGGUGGAUAUAUCGAGGAGUGAUUUGACGUUGAUUAUGGCUGAGAUUGAUUUGUUGAAGGAGCUGCAUCAUCCCAACAUUGUGGAGUACAUCGGAUUUUCGCAAACGUCGUCGUGCCUCAACAUCAUCAUGGAAUUCUGUGAAAAUGGCUCCCUAUCAAGCAUCGUCAAAAAAUUCGGCCGUUUCCCCGAACGCCUCGUCGCCUUCUACACCGCCCAAGUCCUUGACGGCCUCGUCUACCUCCACGAACAAGGCGUCAUCCACCGCGACAUCAAAGGCGCAAACAUCCUCACGACAAAAGACGGCCUCGUCAAACUCGCCGAUUUCGGGAUCGCUAGUAAAGUCAAUGCUACAUCCAACGCCGUGGCUGGAUCACCUUAUUGGAUGGCGCCGGAAGUCAUUGAACUUGCGGGGGCCACCACCGCGUCGGAUGUGUGGAGCGUCGGCGCGACGGUCAUCGAGCUGAUGGACGGGCACCCGCCGUACAGCAAAUUGGCACCCAUGUCGGCCCUCUUCCGCGUUGUGCACGAUGAGUACCCGCCGCUACCCGAGAACUGCUCGCAGCUGUUACGCCAUUUUUUGCUGGAGUGUUUUCAGAAAGAUCCCAAUUUGAGGAUUAGUGCUGUGAGGUUGUUGAAGCAUCCGUUGAUUGUGGGUGCGAGGGCGGGGAAGAGGGGGCAGAGUGGUGGGGAUCCGAGGAAAGCGGGGGAGAGGAAGGCAGGAACGGGGGAUGAGGAGCGAUGUGGGAUAGCGGAAAGGACGGCGACGUCGAGGCCGGUUGACCAUAGACGAUCGUCCGGUUCUGAAAACGGGGAUCGCGCCUCACGACACCAACGAGUUGCAUCAGGCACACUAAGACAGGACGCCCAAACCCUUCUAAGCCUAGCCGAAGUCGAAGACUCGGACGACGCGGAAUGGGAAUCCGACUUCAAAAACAUCUCAUCAACAGUCUUCUCAGAAAAGCUCCGAACAAUGUCCUCAACGAAAUCGAAAUCCACCACAAACACCACUAUGCUGUCCGACCUCACCUUUGUCGAAUCGAACGAGGAUGAGGACUAUGCGGGCGCGUUUGAUCUCACCGGCCAGGAGGUCGAUAAGACAUUUGUGACCCCCGGCGGUGAUCUGAGCUUGAUCCCCCCGAAUGAGAGGGUGCAGGACGCGAUAGACUUUUUGGAUAUUGAGGAUGACCCAGAUCCGUUCACGUUCGCUACAGAUUUGGCAGCAUUUACGGGGGAUAUACCCGAGCACGAUGACCAUACGCACGCACAUACACUCGUUGCUCAACGAUUCAUCGCGAGUCUGAGACCCUCUACGGAGCCGAGCAUCGUUGCAUCCGCCUGUCGCGACUUUGCAGCCAUCGUCCAAUCCCACCCCACCUCCUCCAAACUAUUCCUAACCCAGCACGGCAUCCCCCCCUUCAUAACCUUCCUCCGCUCGCUUCCCCACACCUCCACCCCCCUCGCCGCCGACCUCCUCAUCCUCUUCAACACCUGCAACGCGCACCACCCGGAAUUCUCCGAAACCCUCUGCCAACUAGGCGGCCUUUCCGUCGUCAUGCGGUGUAUUCACCCGAGUUUCGGGAAAGGGGAUCCGAGGACGAGGGUGCAGGCCGCGAGGUUGUUGGAGGGGGUUUGUGUGGGCAAUCCGAAAUUGGCGGUGGCUUGCGGAGCCUUACCGACGAUUUUGAGGAUGUUGGCGGGGGAUUAUGAGGGGUGUAGGGAGGUGGUGUGGUGUGCGGUUGAGGGGUUGGGGGGGAUUUGUGGGCAGACAGGCAUAUCCCGCACAUCCCUCUCCCUCCUCCUCGUCUCCCACAGCCUCAUUCCCAACCUCACCAACCUGCUGGUACUCACAACGCUCGACAGGGACCCCAAAGCCGCGCUUUACAUGCGGAAGAUUCUGAACGUGUUCUUGACUCUGUCGUUGGCGGAUGCGCAGAUUAAGGACGCGUUGGCGGAGGAGAGUUGUUUGAGAGUUCUUGUGAACACCCUGGGCCGAACGGAUCCGGAAUCGACCGUCACGCUGCUGAAAUGCUUGAAGAAUAUAUCCAUGUCGGCCGAGACGUUGGACUCGUUCGAUCGGGCGGGGAUGAUUCCUGUCCUUUGUGAGCUUUUGGGGCAUCGGGAGAUUCCGUUCUUCGUUGACACCCAAAACCAACUAGUCAACAUCCUCUACAACUUCUGUCGCCUUUCCAAACCGCGACAACUCGUCGCCGUCCGCGCCGGCGUCAUACCUCACUUACAAACAUUCAUCAAAAGCAAGUCCCCGCUUCGACAGUUUGCGUUACCGUUGCUGUGCGAUAUCGUUAACGUGGGAGGGAAGGAGUGCUGGGAGGUUAUGAGGAGGUGUGGGGUGCUGGAGAGUUAUUUGGAGCUGUUGAGGGAUCCCGCUUGGAGGGUUAGUGCGGUGGAGGCUAUCUCAAUCUGGGUCUCCGAACAACCCACAACCCUUCACCUCCCCCUCUCCCACCCCCACCCCUCCCACGAACUCGCCCUCGCCUUCGCCUCCUCCUCCUCCACAACCGGCUUCGAAAACCUUCUAACCCCCUUCCAACGCAUCCUCAUCGCCUCCGCAUCCGUCGCACACAACCUCGCAAAAUCGGACCUGUUCAUGAAUAAACUCGUCGAACGCGUCGCGCGGCACCCCAAUGCGGGGGUCAGGUUGAAUUUGUUGCAUGUGGUGUUGAGGAUUGGGGGGUGUUUCAGGGAGAAGGACUUGGACGAGGGGAUGGUGAAGAGGAGGGAGCAGAUACGGAGGUUGGCGGAUAAGUUGGCAAGAGAGGAUCCGGCGGUCUUGGUGAGGGAGCAGGCGAGGAAGUGUGCGAGGGCGUAUUUGGCGCCCGGGGUGGGGGGCGAGUCGAGGACGGGGCCGUUUUCGUCUGCGUGAGAUCCAGGUUGCAUGCGGGAAAUGUCGGCGGUUUUUCCGUAACGGCAGAUGAAAGCGAUGUGGGU